AAGAAUCGGAGAUUGUUUUGAUUUUAGUCCCGGAGAUUUUGAUUUGUUUUUAAAAUGUAUUCAUUAUUUUUCAUAGUCUUAUAUGGGAUCAUUUAUGUAUCCUCCGGACAACAACAAAAUGCCAGGAUGAAGAAUUUCAAGCAAGUAGCAAUGGCCGAUGGUGCUUUGAGCCAAUUAAGAAACAGAUUAUUACAGAGAAUGAUGCUGGAAUCCCAGAACAAACCAAAAAAUACACAUCAGAAAUUACAACUACAGCGCAUGCAUCAAGAAAUGAAAAUACAGAAGCUUCAACAGGAAUUGGAAGAACGUAAGCGUCAACAAGUAAAGUUACAACAGAUGCUAGCUUUACAACAAUCGUCAGUUCAUGAUCCAGCACCUACACAAUUAAACCAUGACCCGAUGGGUUCUGGUGGAAUGGCUAGUUUUCAUAGUCAUGGUCAAGCUUCGUUAAAAGCUCUUCCUAUGGACGCAAUGAUGCAAACAUUACGAAGUAGAAUGAAUAAUGCUGGUGCGGGGUCUUCUUCAUCUUUAAUUCCAGAUUUAAGUGGACUCAAAGGUCAAUUAGAUGCUAUCGGCUUUCACACUCCAGGUCCUUCUGCGGCAAAGCCUUUUGAUGUCAAUUCUUUAAUGCCAAAACAAGCCAUUAAGGCAGCACAACCAGCUACAAACAAGCAUACAAUAAAUAUUACUGUUAAAAGAAAAACAAAAGUAGAUGUUCCUGGUCUUCCAGUUAACAUGGCACAGUUUCAGAAACAUAAACCUGCAGCACAAAUAAAUUCAAAUAUUUCAACAAAACCUGCUGCCAUAACACCUGAACUUUUAUCAAUGUUAGAAGCUUUGAGAGCUGGAAAUGCAGCAAGUCCUGUUGCAGCAAGCCCUGCUGCUACACAAACAUUAGUAAAUACAGCACCAGCAGCUGUACCAGUCAAUGUAGCAAGGCAAACACCAGCAAUGACAAUGGGGGCAUUAACAGGUGCCCCAUCAAUCCAACAAGUUAAUCCUCUUGCAAAUAUGGUUCAGGCUGCCGCUGCUAUACAAACACAACAAACUGGUGCCGUUUCUGGAAACAUGUUAGCAUCAGCUGUGACAGCAAAAAAAGCAAGCAAUACCAUGGCUGAUAUGCUUGACACACAAUUGGAUGCCAUGUCGGACAUGGCUGAGGCCGGAAUGGGAUUCGGAAUGAUGAAUAUGAUGAGUGGGAUGAACGUUAUGGGGGGAAUGAUGGGAGGAGGUAUGGGAGGGGGAAUGGGAGGAGGAAUGGGUGGGAUGAGCGGCAUGGGUGGAAUGGGCGCGAUGGGUGGAAUGGGCGCGAUUGGUGGAAUGGGUGCGAUGGGUGGAAUGGGCGGGAUGAGUGGAAUGGGCGGGAUGGGUGGUAUGGGAGGUAUGGUGGGAGGAGGGGCAGGUGGGAUGGGAAAUGGUAUGGGAGUUGGUGGUGUUGGUGGAGUGGGAUUCGGCGGUUUGGGCAUGAAUCGUAUGAUGACUUCGACGUUUAUGUCACCGAUGAUGUUCUAA